AUGAUGGCGGCCGACUCCGAGCCCUUCCCGCCCCUGGCCACAGAUCGCCAGCUGCACUCGGCCACGGCCGACUCUGGUGCCCGUCGACGUAGGAAGUCAAGCAUUCUCGGGUCGCAGCUCAACGUCGGCGACACAGGAGCCCCAGCUCUCUCAACCUCCCUCGCCCAGCUCAACGGCACGCCAAAGGAGUCCCCUGCCGGUUUCACGAGCCCCUCCAAGCGUUUCUCCAAGCGGCGCAAGGCCCGCUCGCUGCUUCGCCGGGCCAAGAGCAUCAUUGUGAAGCACACCUGGGUACUCCCGCUGGUCAUCCUGUUCACCUUCCUGUUCCUCUAUGCCCUGAACCCGACUGAGAGCAAUCCGGUCCAUCAUUUCAUCUUCCUGUCCUACCGCCUGCCCAUCACGAAUCCCAACGAGCCACCACAGUAUGGCAAGGGUCCCUGGGAUAUUGCCUUUGUUACCUUCUACACAGUCGUUCUCUCCUUCACCCGCGAGUUCAUCAUGCAGGAGAUCCUCCGGCCUAUGGCGCGUUGGGCUGGUGUUAAGUCCAAGACUAAGCAGGCCCGCUACAUGGAGCAGAUGUACACUGCCUUGUACUUUGGCAUUCUCGGUCCCACUGGCAUGUACGUCAUGAGCCGCACUCCUGUCUGGUACUUCAACACCCGCGGUAUGUAUGAGAACUUCCCUCACAAGACCCACGAUGCGCUCUUCAAGUUCUACUAUCUCUUCCAGGCCGCCUACUGGGCCCAGCAGGCUAUUGUCCUGAUUCUUGGCAUGGAGAAGCCUCGGAAGGACUUCAAGGAGUUGGUGGGUCACCACAUCGUCAGUCUGGCGCUGAUUGCAUUGAGCUACCGCUUCCACUUCACCUACAUGGGUCUGGCUGUCUAUAUCACACAUGACAUUAGCGACUUCUUCUUGGCAACCUCUAAGACUCUCAACUACCUCGACCAUCCUCUAACUGGUCCGUACUACUUCACAUUCAUGUGUGUCUGGAUCUACCUACGUCACUACAUCAACCUGCGCAUUCUCUUCAGUCUGUUCACGGAGUUCAAGACCGUCGGUCCCUAUGAGCUCAACUGGGAAACUGAGCAGUACAAGUGCUGGAUCUCUUUCACCAUUACUCUGCUCCUGCUUGGCGCCCUGCAGUGUCUCAACCUCUUCUGGCUCUUCUUCAUCAUCCGCAUCGCCUACCGCUUCGUUGUCCACAAUAUUGCUAAGGAUGAGCGCAGUGACGGCGAGGAGAGCGAGACAGAGGAGACUUCCUCUUCUUCCAAUGGCAAGCCAGUGACUGCCAACGGCAAUGCUAAGAAGAGUAAUCAGUGA